AUGCCAGCACUGGAGGACAUGAUGGUUUUGGGCAGUCCCUCUCGCCCUCUGUGGGGGGUGGUGCAGAGUUCUCCCAUCCUCAUUCUUCCUGGUAUUCCUGGCUUCAAGGCUGUCCUGAUGACCGCCACAGAGUUCCAGCACACCUCCCCCAUCGAGGUAAAACCAGACACAUAGUGUAAAGACACAGGCUAGAGCAUUGACUGUUUGUGUGAGUGUGUAGUACUGUGUAACCAGCAGACCUGGGAUUAAAAAUAAAUAAAAACAGUUGAAUCUUUAUUUUGACAGGGAGUCAUGCUGAGACCAAGGUCUCUUUUGCAGAUGAGCCCUGUAAUUACAAAAAUAUAAGUAAAUACAAUACAUUACGCAAAACAGAGAUACAAAAAUACAAUCAUGGAAGACAAACAUAUUCUUCAUCAAAAAAAAGUCUCUCAAUCAGCUUCCUGAAUUGCUAUAGAGAUAGUGCUGCCUGAAGCCAGAUUGAUGAACACUUAAAAUAAAUUUCAUAGAUAGGAACGAUCUUAGCUGAGGGCGUUAAUCAGAGUUUCUAAUAUUUUUGCUAGGCAAGAAAGUUUAGAGAUAGGGUGGUAAUUAUUUAGGUCUGAUGGGUCACCACCUUUGUGGAGAUGGGCCACAUGGGUCGCCCUCCAAAACCAGAAAUGACCGGCAGAUGUUUUUUUUUAAAAUUCAGGGUGUAGAUCAUCUUUAAUUUUUCAGAUAGAUUGUAACUUCCAUCAAUGUAAUUGUCUGCAUCAGUUCCAAUCCCCCAUAUGUUUUCUCUCUCUCUCUCUCUCUCUCUCUCUCUCUCUCUCUCUCUCUCUCUCUCUCUCUCUCUCUCUCUCUCUCUCUCUCUCUCUCUCUCUCUCUCUCUCUCUCUCUCUCUCUCUCUCUCUCUCUCUCUCUCUCUCUCUCUCUCCACACACAUAUAUACAUCCAUACAUACAGUGGGGGAAAAAAGUAUUUAGUCAGCCACCAAUUGUGCAAGUUCUCCCACUUACAGUUUUUCUCGAUUGCUAAACACAUUUCUUGAAAGCUGCUCUCCUUUUCUCUUAACUGUGAACACAAAACCCAAUUUUCAAGCUACAUUCACAAAACCUCAGACUCUUCUUGCAAAACCAAACUUUCACCUCAAAACAGUUCAAUCUGUGCUCAAAACUGAACUAUGUUGUCAAAUCGUGCCCCGAGUCAAUCAAAAUUAAAAACACUACUGAACAGUCACUAAACACUACGUAGAAAAAUAGAAAACACAAUGCUCAGGACAUGAAGCUGGAGAAAUGAAUGUUUAUUGUUCACUGUAGGCUAAAUGCAUGUUGCAAAACAAAAAAAACUGUGCAUUUAGCACUUGUACAAAAAGACAAAACAGAAAUCUUGUGCAUUUACAUGUAGCACUUGUAAAAACAAACAGAAAUCUUAUGCGUUUGCCACUUGUGUACAGUAAGCCCAUGUAUAAAUAAAGUACAAAAAUAUACAAAUAAGUGCAUUACUCAGCCACAGCAUCAUGUCUCCGUACUGGGUCAGGCCACAGGACUUCAUCCACAUCACAGGCCACAUUUUGUCUGGCCAGGCAACGGGGGAAAAAACCCCUGGCAUGCCGUAUCCAGGCUUGGCAUGCCUCCACACCUAUGUCACCACAGGCAAGUCCCAUGGCUUGCAGGAGAUUUACCCUGGUGUAAGGUUGGCGUUCAUAUACCUUCCACCGCCAUGAGAAGAAUUCCUCAAUGGGGUUUAGGAAAGGGGAGUACGGUGGAAGGCAAAGAUUGAUAAAACCUUGGUUCAUAUUGUACCACUCUCUAACCUGGAGGGCUCUGUGAAAACUCACAUUGUCCCAAACAACAACAUAGAUGGGAUGCUCAUCCUGCUGCCCUAACAAAGCAUCUCGCAUGUGAUUGAGGAAAAUGAGGAGCUGGUGAGUGUUGUAGGGCCCCAGGUUGGCAUGAUGGUGGACAACCCCAUGAUUGCUGAUGGCAGCACAUAAUGUGACAUUGCCACCACGCUGCCCAGGAACACCAACAAUGGCCCGAUGGCCAAUCACAUUACGGCCUCUCCUUCUCCUUUUGGUGAGAUUAAACCCAGCUUCAUCCAUGUAGAUGUAUUGAUGGGGUCUUUCCAUUGCAUCCAGUUGAAAAACCCUCUGUAGAAAUAGAUAUAGUUUUGUAAGUGAUACGGAAAAAGUUAUUUAGGCCACUACAGUAAAUCACUACUUAGAGUAAUCAACAUUGAAUGUGUCUGGAUAUAUGCCAACCUGUACAUACUGGAAUCUUUGCUCUUUGACUCUGUCUGAGUUGCGAUCAAAGGGCACUCUGUAUAGCUGUUUCAUGCGCAGUCUGUUGCGCUUGAGGACACGAUCAACAGUAGAGAGGCUGACACUGUUGAUACCCUCAAAAUUUACAGUUUUUUUUGAUUGCUUAAGCACGAUUUUCAAAACAGGGCCCGUGUUUUCAAAACACUACACACAAUUAGCACAACCACACACCCAAUUAGCAAAACACUACAGAUCCUUUGCAAAAUUAAACACUCUUGUAAAAACUAUACACUUCUUUUUAAAAACCACACUUUGUUACCAUAUGAAACACACACGUUUCACAUUACUAUACUCUGUUUGCACGAGUUACACUCUGCUGUGAUAAACCAAAACACUUUUAGCACUUCUACUUCAAUGAUUAGAGUAGGCUACUAUCAACAAAGUACAAAUAUAAUGUAAAUUCACCAAACACUACACAAGACCAAUGUUGCAGACUGAAGAAACUCAUUUAUUUCUCAACACGCCCAAAAUGUUGACAUGGAGAUUCAUAAUACUGUAACCAAACGUCACUUUACGUAUUGUAAGUUCAAAAAAUAUAUAAAAAAAUAACUAGACAUUGUCUCUUCGCCUAGCUGGAUCUGGCCAGAGAAUUUCAUCAACAUCGCAGGCAAUGUUGUCAUUAGCAAGACACCUUGGAAAGAAACGUCUUGAAUGACGAAUCCAUCCUUGCAUUGCUGCUACCUCCAUCUGGUCACAGGCCUCCUCCAUGGCUUGGAUGAGGGGUACCUCAGCCUGGAGACGGAGAUCAUAUACCUUCCACCGCCAUGCCGAGAAAAACUCUUCUAUAGGGUUGAGGAAUGGAGAGUAUGGUGGAAGAUAUAGGACGGUGAAAUGUGGAUGUUGCUGAAACCAGUUCUGAACCAGAGCAGAGCGGUGGAAAGACACAUUGUCCCAGACAACAAUGUAUUGCAUAUGAUCGAUUUGAUUUGCUGCUGUUAUGUUGUGCAAUUGGUCCAAUAAUGUAAGUAUGAGUGCUGUGUUGUAAGGGCCCAUAUGGGCAUGGCGGUGGAGGACCCCAUUCUGUGUAAUGGCUGCACAGAGUGUUAUAUUACCCCCACGUUGCCCUGGGACAUUGACUAUAGCCCUGUGGCCAAUGAUGUUUCUUCCCCUCCUUCGUGUUCUCGUCAGGUUGAACCCAGCCUCAUCUACGUAAAUGAACUCAUGCUGGAUCUCCUCUCCAUCCAUUCGUAAAACUCUCUGAAAAACAGUGUCAGGCAAAAUUGUGUAGUUCAGUGUAGAUCUAGUAUACAUAUUACAGUACAGUAAAAGAUUAUGAGACAGUAUGCAAGAUCACACUGCUAAAGUGAAUACAUACCUCUGCAUAAUCAUGCCGCAGUCGUUUCACUCUUUCGGAAUUGCGCUCGAAAGGCACUCGAUAAAUUUGCUUCAUUUGAAUAUGUUUUUUUUUUAGGAUGCGUGCCAGUGUUGAUGUUGAGACCUGAUGGAUAUCGUUGAAAAUGGCGUGGUUAUUGACAAUGUUAGCUUGGAGCUGCUUGAGUGUUAUAGCAUUGUUGGCCAAAACCAUGUUUACUAUCUCCCUCUCUUGCUGUUCUGUGAACAUAGGAGGCCUUCCCCCUUGUCGUCCCUGACCCUCAAUCCUAUGUAGAAAAAAAAACAGUAUACAAUAGUACAGUAAUUUCACAGGAAAAGGUAACAGAAGUGCUGAUAGUGCAUAGAAUAUAGUACUGUAAGCAGUUACUGAAACCGUGCAGAUGUUUUUGAUAUGAUGAUAUUUUUACAAUACCUAUUUUCCAGUCGAAAUGUUCUCAUCACACUUGCCACUGUAUAUCGGCUUAGAUUUGGCUGUACUCGCAGUCCAGCCUCCCUCAGCGUCAGGCCGUGGUUGACAAUGUGGUCAACCAGUGUUGCGCGGAUCUCAUUUGUCAGAUUCGGUCCUCUUUGAGCACCUUCUUGUCUUCCUCUUCCUCUUCCUCCCCUUCCUCCUCCUCCUCGUCCUCCUCCUCCUCCUCGUCCUCCUCGUUCUCCUCGUCCUCCUCGUUCUCCUCGUUCUCCUCCUCGUUCUCCUCGUCCUCCUCCUCGUUCUCCUCGUCGUCCUCCUCCUCCUCCUCCUCCUCCUCGUCUUACUCUUUCUCUGACUCUUUCCAUUGUGCUUGAAGACCGAUGAACUCACCUGCUGCUUUUUAUAGUGCUUAUACACCUGAUUGGUGUGUCUACAAUUAAGCAAACGAGUGUUUGCACACCUGAUGACUGUGUUGAACCAAUUGGUUGGACGGUGUGGUAAUUUGACAGUCAGUGCUUUGGUAUUGCAAGGACGUGACUUCAUGAUAGAUUUUUGUGUGUAAUGUAUGUUAAGUGUGUUUAGUGUUUUGCAAAUCACUGUGUGUAGAGUUUUGCAACAAGUGUAAGGUUGACAAUGUGCUUAUAGUUGUGCAAAUAUGGGCUGAUGUUUUGCUUCUUGAGUGUAAGGUUUUGCUAAUAGUGUACUACUUUUAAUUUUAGUGUGUAAGCAAUCCAAAAAAACUGUAAAUGGUCCUCAAUGACCUUCUGCUGAAUUUCGCUCAGUUUAAUGGCAUUGUUCUCACGGACCAUAUCAACAAUUAGGGUCUCUUGGUGUGGGGAGAACAUACCUGUCCUCCCACCCCCAUGUGGCAGUCUUUCAAUUCUACAAAAAGAGAACAUGGAGUUACAAAAAAUAUACAUGGAAUACUAGGCCUACAAACAGUUAGACCAACCCUCCAUUACAAUACUACAGUACAUUGGUACAGUGAUGUACUGAAACAUAUAUUUACUUACAGUAUACUGUGGUACAGUAUAUAGUAUGUCAUACAGUAAUUGCUGUCAACAUUUACAUACUGUACUAUAAUGUCAAAAAAAGGUAAUUACCUGUUCUCUUCUCUAAAUCUUCGGAUUAUGGUGGACACAGUGAAUCUACUGAUGUUUGGUUGUACCCUUUGUCCAGCCUCCCUCAUGCUCAUACCAUGGACAAGAACAUGGUCAAUCACAGUAGCUCUGAUUUCAUCAGAUAUUACUGUUCUUUGUCUUCGCUGACCACCUCGACCACCUCGACCUCCUCUCACACGAACUCUUCCUCUCAGAUUUCUAUCCAUUGUAGGGCCUCACAAACCAGUGCUCUCUGAACUGGCUUACUGUAUAUGUUCCCUCACAUUAUUAGCCACAAGUGUGAUCAAUUUUGAGUUGUUGUGUUCAAGUGGUGACACCUGUGCUCUAAUUGUGUCUGACUUUUGUCACCUGUGCUCACCAUUAUGCAGCACGGGUGCAUCACAAUGAAAAUGUGUUGGCAAGUUAUGUCUAAACAGGUGAAAAGUGCUUAUGGUUUUGCCAAAAGAGUGAUUGAUUCAAUCAGUGGGUUCAGGCAACUGAGCAUUUGGUUCAGACAAUAUGGUUUAGUGUUUUAGCAAUUGAGAAAAACUGUAAAAAGAUGAGAGAGGCCUGUAAUUUUCAUCAUAGGUACACGUCAACUAUGACAGACAAAUUGAGAAUUUUUUUCUCCAGAAAAUCACAUUGUAGGAUUUUUUAUGAAUUUAUUUGCAAAUUAUGGUGGAAAAUAAGUAUUUGGUCACCUACAAACAAGCAAGAUUUCUGGCUCUCACAGACCUGUAACUUCUUCUUUAAUAGGCUCCUCUGUCCUCCACUCGUUACCUGUAUUAAUGGCACCUGUUUGAACUUGUUAUCAGUAUAAAAGACACCUGUCCACAACCUCAAACAGUCACACUCCAAACUCCACUAUGGCCAAGACCAAAGAGCUGUCAAAGGACACCAGAAACAAAAUUGUAGACCUGCACCAGGCUGGGAAGACUGAAUCUGCAAUAGGUAAGCAGCUUGGUUUGAAGAAAUCAACUGUGGGAGCAAUUAUUAGGAAAUGGAAGACAUACAAGACCACUGAUAAUCUCCCUCGAUCUGGGGCUCCACGCAAGAUCUCACCCUGUGGGGUCAAAAUGAUCACAAGAACCACACGGGGGGACCUAGUGAAUGACCUGCAGAGAGCUGGGACCAAAGUAACAAAGCCUACCAUCAGUAACACACUACGCCGCCAGGGACUCAAAUCCUGCAGUGCCAGACGUGUCCCCCUGCUUAAGCCAGUACAUGUCCAGGCCUGUCUGAAGUUUGCUAGAGUGCAUUUGGAUGAUCCAGAAGAGGAUUGGGAGAAUGUCAUAUGGUAAAAACUCAACUCGUUGUGUUUGGAGGACAAAGAAUGCUGAGUUGCAUCCAAAGAACACCAUACCAACUGUGAAGCAUGGGGGUGGAAACAUCAUACUUUGGGGCUGUUUUUCUGCAAAGGGACCAGGACGACUGAUCCGUGUAAAGGAAAGAAUGAUUGGGGCCAUGUAUCGUGAGAUUUUGAGUGAAAACCUCCUUCCAUCAGCAAGGGCAUUGAAGAUGAAACGUGGCUGGGUCUUUCAGCAUGACAAUGAUCCCAAACACACCGCCCGGGCAACGAAGGAGUGGCUUCGUAAGAAGCAUUUCAAGGUCCUGGAGUGGCCUAGCCAGUCUCCAGAUCUCAACCCCAUAGAAAAUCUUUGGAGGGAGUUGAAAGUCCGUGUUGGCCAGCGACAGCCCCAAAACAUCACUGCUCUAGAGGAGAUCUGCAUGUAGGAAUGGGCCAAAAUACCAGCAACAGUGUGUGAAAACCUUGUGAAGACUUACAGAAAACGUUUGACCUGUGUCAUUGCCAACAAAGGGUAUAUAACAAAGUAUUGAGAAACUUUUGUUAUUGACCAAAUACUUAUUUUCCACCAUAAUUUGCAAAUAAAUUCAUAAAAAAUCCUACAAUGUGACUUUCAGGAUUUUUUUUCUCAUUUUGUCUGUAAUAGUUGACGUGUACCUAUGAUGAAAAUUACAGGCCUCUCUCAUCUUUUUAAGUGGGAGAACUUGCACAAUUGGUGGCUGACUAAAUACUUUUUCCCCCCACUGUAUAUACAUACAUCCAUACACACACACACACAUAUCCUUUUAAAAAUUAUAUUUCCCUUAAUUACUUUCCAACCCCACCACCCCUUCCCCAAUUGGAGUAAACUAGUGAAAAACAACGCUUAGGCCUCUACUUCCAGCCCAUACAUACUAUAUACAUUUUAUGGACACAGUCAAAUUCUACAAUAAUUAUAUUUUGUUUGUUUUUACUCCUGAACUUCCUCCGAUCAUUUUCAUGAUGUCCAUCUGGUUUGCUUCUAUAUGCCAUAUUUUUCUAACUGUGCUCUUUCACAAAAGCUCUCAACCUAUAACCUAUAUACUUAUUAUGGACACAGUAUGCUUUACAUUAGUUAUCUUGUUGUUAUUAGUUGUUGUUAUUAGUCCCAUCCUUCAGCUCCAUUCAACACCUCCCAACUAUCUCUUAACACCAUCCAUAUUGGAUUUCUAUUUGCCAUAUAUUUUUCAACUGUACUGUGAUGUUUUAUAAAAGUUCUGAACCUUUCUAUUGUCAUUGUUUCUACAGAUCGUAAAUUGAAUAUAAACAUUUUUGCUAAAAUUAUUAUUAUAUUAUUGAUCGAUUGACUAUGACUUUUCAGAUCACCCAGUAGUGCUAUCUGCAGGGUUAGCUCCAGGUAAAUAUUGCAAUCAUUUAGCCAUUCCUGGACCUGUGUCCAAAAACAAGCUACAAAUGGACAGUACCAAAACAAAUUAUCUAAUGAUUCUGUCUUCUAUAGGUAGCAAUAAUUUUAUAUAAUAAUUUAAAUUGAAACAUUCUAAGUUUUGAAUCCAGCUUCGUUUUGACAGGUAUUUACCUUUCCAUGGUAGCAAGAUCUUAUCUAUUUUUGCUAACUUUCUAUUAAAAUGUAUUGGAGUGUGAUCAUUUAUUUCAUUUGGGAUAUGUAUUCCGAGUAUAUCCACAUCACCAUCAAACAAUUGUAUUGGUAAACUACAUGGUAAUGUAAAAAUUGUAUUUUUUAGUGAUCCAAUACGUACUAUAGUACAUUUAUCAUAAUUUGGUUGUAAUCCAGAGAGGUUAGAAAAUGUAUCUAGAUCCUCUAUGAGGCUGUGGAGGGAUUCAAGUUGUGGAUUUAAAAGAAAACAUGAAUCAUCAGCGUACAAUGACACCUUUGUUUUUAAGCCCUGAAUUUCUAAUCCCUUGAUAUUAUUGUUGGAUCUGAUUUUAAUAGCUAACAUCUCGAUGGCAAUAAUAAAUAGAUAUGCCGAUAGUGGACAACCUUGUUUCACUCCUCUUGACAGUUUAAAACUUUCUGAGAAAUAGCCAUUAUUUACUAUUUUACACCUAGGGUUACUAUACAUGAUUUUAACCCAAUUUAUAAGAGAUUGUCGAAAAUUGAAAUGCUCCAGGUAUUUAUAUAUAAACCCCAGUCAUACUUUAUCAAAUGCCUUUUCGAAGUCUGCUAUGAAUAGUAGGCCUGGUUUCCCAGAUUAUUCAUAGUGUUCUAUUGUUUCCAGUACUUGCCUUAUUUUAUCUCCAAUGUAUCGCCCAUGUAAAAAAACCUGUCUGAUUGGAAUGAAUAAUGUCCGACAAUACCUUUUUGCAAAACAUGACUUAGUACUUAAUAAUAAUAAUAUGCCAUUUAGCAGACGCUUUUAUCCAAAGCGACUUACAGUCAUGCGUGCAUAAUUUUUUUUGUGUAUGGGUGGUCCCGGGGAUCGAACCCACUACCUUGGCGUUACAAGCGCCGUGCUCUACCAGCUGAGCUACAUAGUACUUGGUGGCAAAACCCUUGUUGGCAAUCACAGAGGUCAGACGUUUCUUGUAGUUGGCCACCAGGUUUGCACACAUCUCAGGAGGGAUUUUGUCCCACUCCUCUUUGCAGAUCUUCUUCAAGUCAUUAAGGUUUCGAGGCUGACGUUUGGCAACUCGAACCUUCAGCUCCCUCCACAGAUUUUCUAUGGGAUUAAGGUCUGGAGACUGGCUAGGCCACUCCAGGACCUUAAUGUGCUUCUUCUUGAGCCACUCCUUUGUUGCCUUGGCCGUGUGUUUUGGGUCAUUGUCAUGCUGGAAUACCCAUCCACGACCCAUUUUCAAUGCCCUGGCUGAGGGAAGGAGGUUCUCACCCAAGAUUUGACGGUACAUGGCCCCGUCCAUCGUCCCUUUGAUGCAGUGAAGUUGUCCUGUCCCCUUAGCAGAAAAACACCCCCAAAGCAUAAUGUUUCCACCUCCAUGUUUGACGGUGGGGAUGGUGUUCUUGGGGUCAUAGGCAGCAUUCCUCCUCCUCCAAACACGGCGAGUUGAGUUGAUGCCAAAGAGCUCCAUUUUGGUCUCAUCUGACAACAACACUUUCACCCAGUUCUCCUCUGAAUCAUUCAGAUGUUCAUUGGCAAACUUCAGACGGGCAUGUAUAUGUGCUUUCUUGAGCAGGGGGACCUUGCGGGCACUGCAGGAUUUCAGUCCUUCACGGCGUAGUGUGUUACCAAUUGUUUUCUUGGUGACUAUGGUCCCAGCUUCCUUGAGAUCAUUGACAAGAUCCUCCCGUGUAGUUCUGGGCUGAUUCCUCACCGUUCUCAUGAUCAUUGCAACUCCACGAGGUGAGAUCUUGCAUGGAGCCCCAGGCCGAGGGAGAUUGACACUUCUUUUGUGUUUCUUCCAUUUGUGAAUAAUCACACCAACUGUUGUCACCUUCUCACCAAGCUGCUUGGCGAUGGUCUUGUAGCCCAUUCCAGCCUUGUGUAGGUCUACAAUCUUGUCCCUGACAUCCUUGGAGAGCUCUUUGGUCUUGGCCAUGGUGGAGAGUUUGGAAUCUGAUUGAUUGAUUGCUUCUGUGGACAGGUGUCUUUUAUACAGGUAACAAGCUGAGAUUAGGAGCACUCCCUUUAAGAGUGUGCACCUAAUCUCAGCUCGUUACCUGUAUAAAAGACACCUGGGAGCCAGAAAUCUUUCUGAUUGAGAGGGGGUCAAAUACUUAUUUCCCUCAUUAAAAUGCAAAUCAAUUUAUAAAAUUUUUGACAUGCGUUUUUCUGGAUUUUUUUGUUGUUAUUCUGUCUCUCACUGUUCAAAUAAACCUACCAUUAAAAUUAUAGACUGAUCAUUUCUUUGUCAGUGGGCAAACGUACAAAAUCAGCAGGGGAUCUUUUUUCCCUCACUGUAAUUGGACUGGAUCUUUAUAUUUCCACUUGUAUCCUGUUUCAGUAAUAAUGAAAUCAGACCUUCUUAAGUAUCUGAUAAUCUACCAUUUACAUAGGAGUGGUUAAAAUAUGCUAAUAACAAUCCUCUGAGUAUAUCAAAAAAGGUUUGGUAUACCUCGACUGGUAUGCCAUCCAACCCUGGAGUUUUCCCAGACUUAAAGUCUAUAAUUGCAUCCAGAAGUUCCUCCUCUGUAAUUUCACCUUCACAUGAGUCUUUCUGCAUGGCUGUUUUACAUUAUCAAUAGAAAACAAAUCUCUAAAAUUUGCUUCAGUUAGAGGAGAUGGAGGCGACUGAAACGAAAACAUAUGCUUAAAGUACUUUGUUUCCUCCUUCAAAAUAUAAUUUGGUGAAUCAUGGGUGACUCCGUCAUUUGUAACCAGUUUCAAUAAAUUAUUUUUGGUAGCAUUCCUAUGUUGAAGAUUAAAAAAUAAUUUGGUGCAUUUUUCCCCAUAUUCCAUCCAGUUUGCUUUAUUUUUAUAAUAUAUUACACUUGAUCUUUCUUGAAUAAGUUUCUCCAUUUCUUUUUGUUUUUCCUCUAAUUUAUUCUGAGCAUCUAUGUUACAGUUGUUAUUGCUAUCUAUCUGUUCUGUUAGACCUUCUAUUUCCUUUGUUAGUGUGGACUCUUGACCUAAAUUGCUUUUGUUUUCGAGAUGAUUACUGAAUUGCAUGGCCUCUAAAGGCACAUUUAAAGGUGUCCCAUACAAUAAGGGGAUUUGCUGUACCUAUGGUAUGUCGGAAAAAAUCAGUUAUAAAUUCCUCUGUCCUAGUUAAAAACAAGUUAUCAUCCAAUAGAGUUUGAUAACAUUUCCAAUAUCCUCGCCCACGUGGAAAUUCAGUAAGAGUAAUGUACACUGCUCAAAAAAAUAAAGGGAACACUAAAAUAACACAUCCUAGAUCUGAAUGAAUGAAAUAAUCUUAUUAAAUACUUUUUUCUUUACAUAGUUGAAUGUGCUGACAACAAAAUCACACAAAAAUUAUCAAUGGAAAUCAAAUGUAUCAACCCAUGGAGGUCUGGAUUUGGAGUCACCCUCAAAAUUAAAGUGGAAAACCACACUACAGGCUGAUCCAACUUUGAUGUAAUGUCCUUAAAACAAGUCAAAAUGAGGCUCAGUAGUGUGUGUGGCCUCCACGUGCCUGUAUGACCUCCCUACAACGCCUGGGCAUGCUCCUGAUUAGGUGGCGGAUGGUCUCCUGAGGGAUCUCCUCCCAGACCUGGACUAAAGCAUCCGCCAACUCCUGGACAGUCUGUGGUGCAACGUGGCGUUGGUGGAUGAAGCGAGACAUGAUGUCCCAGAUGUGCUCAAUUGGAUUCAGGUCUGGGGAACGGGCGGGCCAGUCCAUAGCAUCAAUGCCUUCCUCUUGCAGGAACUGCUGAAACACUCCAGCCACAUGAGGUCUAGCAUUGUCUUGCAUUAGGAGAAACCCAGGGCCAACCGCACCAGCAUAUGGUCUCACAAGGGGUCUGAGGAUCUCAUCUCGGUACCUAAUGGCAGUCAGGCUACCUCUGGCGAGCACAUGGAGGGCUCCCAAAGAAAUGCCACCCCACACCAUGACUGACCCACCGCCAAACCGGUCAUGCUGGAGGAUGUUGCAGGCAGCAGAACGUUCUCCACGGCGUCUCCAGACUCUGUCACGUCUGUCACGUGCUCAGUGUGAACCUGCUUUCAUCUGUGAAGAGCACAGGGCACCAGUGGCGAAUUUGCCAAUCUUGGUGUUCUCUGUAAGCACAACCCCCCCAUUUGGACGUCGGGCCCUCAUACCACCCUCAUGGAGUCUGUUUCUGACCGUUUGAGCAGACACAUGCACAUUUGUGGCCUGCUGGAGGUCAUUUUGCAGGGCUCUGGCAGUGCUCCUCCUGCUCCUCCUUGCACAAAGGCGGAGGUAGCAGUCCUGCUGCUGGGUUGUUGCCCUCCUACGGCCUCCUCCGCGUCUCCUGAUGUACUGGCCUGUCUCCUGGUAGCGCCUCCAUGCUCUGGACACUACGCUGACAGACACAGCAAACCUUCUUGCCACAGCUCGCAUUGAUGUGCCAUCCUGGAUGAGCUGCACUACCUGAGCCACUUGUGUGGGUUGUAGACUCUGUCUCAUGCUACCACUAGAGUGAAAGCACCGCCAGCAUUCAAAAGUGACCAAAACAUCAGCCAGGAAGCAUAGGAACUGAGAAGUGGUCUGUGGUCACCACCUGCAAAACCAGUCCUUUAUUGGGGGUGUCUUGCUAAUUGCCUAUAAUUUCCAUCUGUUGUCUAUUCCAUUUGCACAACAGCAUGUGAAAUUUAUUGUCAAUCAGUGUUGCUUCCUAAGUGGACAGUUUGAUUUCACAGAAGUGUGAUUGGCUUGGAGUUACAUUGUGUUGUUUAAGUGUUCCCUUUAUUUUUUUGAGCAGUGUAUAUGCCAAUGAUAUGAUGGUCCGACCGCAUUCUGUCCCCUAUCAACACUUUUUAAACUUUUGGUGCCAACGAAUAUGACAUAAGAAAGAAGUCAAGAUGACUAGCUUAAUUGAGUCUCCGCCAUGUAUAUCUCACUAGAUCAGGAUAUUUAAGCCUGUUCUAGUUCUAAUGUAUCCAUGACAUUCACGAUUUCCUUAAGAGCAUGAGGGUGAUUGUUUGUAGUGUGAUUUCCUUUACGGUCCAUUGAGCUAUUUAAAACGGUAUUAUAAUCUCCCACCAUAAUAAUAGAGUCAUGAAUUGCUUGCAGAGUUGGUAUUUUAUUAUAUAUAUUGUCAAAGAAGUGUGGAUCAUCAUUAUUUGGUCCGUAAAGGUUAAUGAGCCAUAUCUGUUUAUGGUCCAAUAACAUAUUUAAAAUAAUCCAUCUACCUUGCGUAUCUGUUUGGACAAUUUGCACAUUCGGAUCGAAAUUACUGUUAAUUAAUAUCAUCACCCCUUUUGAGUUUCUUUGCCCAUGGGAGAAGUAUAUUUCGCCCCCCCCCCCCCCAUUCCUUUUUCCACGCAACUUCAUCUAGAAUUGUUGACUGAGUUUCCUGUAAACAAUAGAUAUUAUAUUCCUUCUCUUGGAGCCAUGUAAAUAUUGUUCUUCUUUUGUUAUUAUCUGCUAAGCCAUUACAAUUAUAACUGGCUAUACUUAUUUCACCACGUACCAUAAUGGGAUACAAGUUUCAAAUCUAUUUAUCAUUAUAUAUGUUUGUAAAUUUACCAAUAAAAAAUACCAUAGCGAUUGACUGUCCAUAUAGCUGCACCAUGAUAUUUGCAUUGCUACUAAGUAACCCUCCAAUUGUUCUCCACUAAUUCCCCCGCUAAAGCCCCUCCCCAUCCCAAGUUGGGCCGUCAUCCCAGUGUUCAGCAUACCACCCCCAUCCCCCCAAAUCCCUAGGCCCCCGAGAGGCCAGGACCCAUCCAUCGAAAACAGCACACAGUGCCACCCACAAAACAGAAGCAGGUCAACCGUCAAAAGCAUUUCCAAUGCUCUCACCUCAAAAUAUAUAUAUAUAUAUAUAUAUAGCUAUUUAAAAAUAUAUAUCCAUUCAAAUAUCUUGCAUAUCUUAUUUUCCAUCAUUAUCGAUUAAUAUGCGUAAUAUUGUCGGCAGUUCAUGCGUAGGAUUUUAACCUAUAACCUGGAUUGCCAUUUAUUACAUUACAUUUUUGACAAGCAAUUAUUAUUUUAGCAAACAAUUAUUGUGGUUCAUCCUAUAUUCUCCCUAACAUCCUUACCCCCUUGCAACAGAUGUGGGAUAAACAUACACGCACACAUACAUAACACACUCAACCCCUUUCCUCCACAAUCAACCAUAAGAUCAGAUGCUCAACGGUUGUUACAUCCCAGAGCCCAACUCAAGAAAGGACCUGAUUUACGAAUGCAUAUACAGUUACAGCUGUUUGAGAAAGCAUGCAAGAUUGAGCAAAAAUUGACAACAAUGUGAAAUUUGAUUAAUCUAUUUAAUCUAUGUCAAUUCCUAGGUGAUGGAGAUCAGAUCCACCCUCUUCACCUGAGACACAAACACUAUGGUACCCCGUUGUAACCAUUUUCCCCAAGCAUCUACAUGCAGUCAGACCUUUGAUUAUUUUGUGCCACUUGGACAACAAUAAUAAGCCCCCUCUCUGAUUGUCUGAGUGUGACCCCCUCCCCAUGGGUUACUGCAGCCAGUGUUGCCAGCACUGCCACUACCUGGGUGGGGGUACCCCACCGGAAUCCCCACCGGCUAGGUACAAGGUAGUCAAGGUUCUCAUUAGCAGCUUUGAGAAUUUAUGCUCUCCCAUCAGGGGGCUCUGGCUUUGUAGGACCAACCCUGCCAGGCAGGCUCAGAAUCUUGAGGGGGCGGUGCUGCUCAAGUAGGUCUCUGACCGCAUUUAUUUUUCAGUUUAGGCUGCAUAUAGGCAACUCACAACAGGUCCAUAAAACAGAUGGGGACUUCUCUUUGGUGUAUGGGUCACUCAGGUGGGUGUCUAGGAUAUAGGGUUGGGGAUCGUUCCAUCAUGAUAGGACAAUAAAAAAAAUUGAUUAGAUGUAUACUAUAUUUUAAAAUGUAUAUCCCUCAUCUGCACAAAAUUGAAAGCUUUCUCACAACCCCUGCUCACACACACGUUGGUUCUGGGAUAUGCAACCAUUUCCUUUCUCACUCACUUAACGCCACACUUAUUCAAACACAAAAACGCACACCACACCUUCCAUCACCAUUCAUCCACACAUAACCACAUACUGUGCCUUCAAUGUCUUCUGUUCGCUAUGUUUUUAUCUCCACUAUGUUGAUUGAGUACGUGUUCUAAUUAGUUGUAUUUGAAGAUGUAUUAUUUUGCUUGUUAUCUUUUCUUGUAAUACCGUUUUAUCCUUUUAUAAAAUACUAUACAUACUAUAAAUGUUCUUUAUUAUUACAAUCCCUACCAUGGCUAGUAUUGGGUGCUCCAUUAUUCGACUCCUCUAUUAGAACUUUCAGAAUAGCCAUGGAGUAGUCUUUGUGUCACGUUACAUUUGGUUGUCAAUAUACAGUUUAUCGACAACGAGAGCAACACGCUUCCCUUUUAAUCUAUUUUCCUUGAAGAUUGGGUACAGAAUUUUGCGCUGUUCUGCAAUCUCCCUCGGGAACUGAUCAUUCAUUUCUUUUUUGGUGCCAGCAAGUAUUUUACCUAGGCUUUUAACCAUUACUUUAUCCUUAAAAAAAAGUUUGGCAACGAUUGGACGCUCAUAUUUCUGUCCUCUUUGUCCGAAAUGGUGUACACGUUCGAGUUGGAUUUUAUCGACAGCCUCGAGUGGGUUUUGAAGCGCUAUUAGAAAGAAGUCCUUCACAAUAGUCUCGGUUACCUCUCCCUCUUUUUCCUGGAUACCCGUAAGUACUAGAUUUUAUCUCAUCGAUCUAGUUUGCAUGUCUAGUAAGGCUUCUCUCAGAAAGUUGUUCUCCUUUUUAAGUUCCUUAACGUCCGUUUCUAUCUUAGCGACUGUCUCUUUUAGUUUUUUUGUAUCUUUCUCCAUUAUCGCAGCUUUUCCGUCACUCAUUUCAAGACUUGCCUUCAACUCUUUUACAUAAUUACUGACCAACUCUAGAAUGCCCAGUUUGUCAUUUAUCGACUUCAACAGGUCGCUUUCCACACUUACCAGUCGCAGUGGUGAAAAGCAUAAAUCAUCUGUAUCAGUCGACGAGUCGCGUUUUCUCUUGCAGAUUGAUUCUCCACGUUUAUCUUCCGUCAUGUUUGGGUGUUGGGUGUUGUUGUAAUAUUUGUCGAUACAUUUCUCUAGCCGUAUAAUUUGUUUUGUGUUAUUAUCCAGAUUGAAUGUUAUUACCCUCGAAUAUAUGAAGUGCUAAUAUUUAGUCUAACUUACUGAUAUUGAAUAUUAUGUUUUUAUCUUGAGGUGACUUUUACCGCUGUGUAUUCAAUACGCCAUCUUGUCUCUUGUCAUCUUGACCGCCAGAUGUUAAUGAUUCAGCAAUCAAGGGGCCGGAAACCUGCAGGAAAAACGGGUCAAGCAUAUCAACCCCAGUAGAUUAUGUAACAUCAAUCUUUGUCACAUCCGGGCUCUGGGACUCUAUAUGUUGAGCCAGGGUGUGGUCAUUCUAUGUGUCGUAUUUCUAUGUCGGGAGUUCUAGUUGUGCUGUUUCUAUGUUGGCCAGAGUGACUCCCAAUCAGAGGCAACGAGUGUCAGCUGUGGCUGGUUGUCUCUGAUUGGGAGCCAUAUUUAUACUGUCUGUUUGCCCUUUGUGUUUUGUGGGAUCUUGUUCGAGUUGGUUUGUGUUUGACCGUUGACUGUCACGUUAUCGUUUUCUUGUUUUGUUCGUGCUUUCACUUAAUAAAGAAGUAUGUUCGCAACUAACGCUGCGCAUUGGUCUACUCCAUACGACGAGCGUGACAGAAGAUCCCACCAUACCAGGACCAAGCAGCGUGUCCAGGAGCAGGCAGCCUGGACGUGGGAGCAGAUCUUGGACGGGCAGGGGUCCUGGACCUGGGAGGAAAUCCUGGCCGGGAUGGAUCGCCGGCCAUGGAGUGAGACGGUAGAAGCGCGACGGAGAGAGGAGCAACGGCGUAAUCAGUGUCGGCGUCGGACGGACGAGAGGAAACCCCCAAAAAUUUUUAGGGGGGGGCACAGGGCAUGGACGACGGGGCUGACAGAGGCAGAAAAGGGGCGAAUUCAGAAGGCCACCAGGUUACGGGGGCCACUGGUCAAAGUAGGGAAAGAAGGUGUAGAGGCACGGCGAGAGGUACUGGGGUGUGUUACCAGUCCGGUCCGGCCCGUUCCAGUUCCCGGGGUAGAGCCAGUGGUGUGUGACCCCAGUACGGUCCGGCCUGUUCCUGCCACUCGCACCAAGCCUACGGUGCGCGUCGCCAGCCCGGCCCGGCCUGUUCCUGCCACUCGCACCAAGCCUACGGUGCGCGUCGCCAGCCCGGCCCGGCCUGUUCCUGCCCCUCGCACCAAGUCUACGGUGCGCGUCGCCAGCCCGGCCCGGCCUGUUCCUGCCUCUCGCACCAAGCCUACGGUGCGCGUCGCCAGCCCGGCCCGGCCUGUUCCUGCUCCUCGCACCAAACCUACGGUGUGCGUCGCCAGCCCGGCCCGGCCUGUUCCUGCCACUCGCACCAAAGCUACGGUGCGCGUCGCCAGCCCGGCUCGGCCUGUUCCUGCCACUCGCACCAAACCUACGGUGUGCGUCGCCAGCCCGGCCCGGCCUGUUCCUGCCACUCGCACCAAAGCUACGGUGCGCGUCGCCAGCCCGGCUCGGCCUGUUCCUGCCACUCGCACCAAGCCAGGGGUGCGAGUCGUCAGCCUGGUCCAGCCCGUUCCUGCCACUCGCACCAAGCUAGGGGUGCGAGUCGUCAGCCCGGUAAAGCCCGUUCCGGCUCCACGCACCAAGCCAGGGGUGUGAGUCGUCAGCCCGGUAAGGCCCGUUCCGGCUCCACGCACCAAGCCAGGGGUGCGCAUCGUCAGCCCGGUCCGGCCCGUUGCUGCUCCACGCACCAAGCCAGGGGUGCGAGUCGUCAGUCCGGUGAGGCCCGUUCCGGCUCCACGCACCAAGCCAGGGGUGCGAGUCGUCAGCCUGGUCCAGCCCGUUCCUGCUACUCGCACCAAGCCAGGGGUGCGAGUCGUAAGCCUGGUAAGGCCCGUUGCUGCUCCACGCACCAAGCCAGGGGUGCGAGUCGUCAGUCUGGUAAGGACCGUUCCUGCUCUACGCACCAAGCCAGGGGUGCGUAUCGUCAGCCCGGUCCGGUCCGUUCCUGCUCCACGCACCAAGCCAGGGGUGCGCGUCGUCAGUCCGGCACAACCCGUGCCUGGGUCACCGGUGCCUGAUCAGGUACCGGUCAGCUGCUCCACAACGGAGCUGAAGCUACCCGCUCCUACGAUGUCCAGUUCAGCUCCAGCCAGCGGGGCCAGACCGGACCAGGGGCGCUAUGGGGGGAUUAUUGGAGGGUGGUGGGCAAGCCCGGAGCCAGAACCGCCGCCGAGGAGGAAUGCCCACCCAGCCCUCCCCUGUUUGGUUCUAGUUGAGGCGCGGUCGCAGUCCGCGCCUUUAGGGGGGGGUACUGUCACACCCGGGCUCUGGGACUCUAUAUGUUGAGCCAGGGUGUGGUCAUUCUAUGUGUCGUAUUUCUAUGUCGGGAGUUCUAGUUGUGCUGUUUCUAUGUUGGCCAGAGUGACUCCCAAUCAGAGGCAACGAGUGUCAGCUGUGGCUGGUUGUCUCUGAUUGGGAGCCAUAUUUAUACUGUCUGUUUGCCCUUUGUGUUUUGUGGGAUCUUGUUCGAGUUGGUUUGUGUUUGACCGUUGACUGUCACGUUAUCGUUUUCUUGUUUUGUUCGUGCUUUCACUUAAUAAAGAAGUAUGUUCGCAACUAACGCUGCGCAUUGGUCUACUCCAUACGACGAGCGUGACAAUCUUAAGCAAGGCAGUUAGCACAUCACAGAUAGUAACUUGUUGACAUGAAAACACAGAUUCACUAGUAGUUGAGGAGUUUUCAAUCAAGUCAGCUAGAGGCUGGGAGCAGCAAACUGACUGACCAGGGCCCGGUAUCCCGAUAGCGAUGGAACUUAGGUUUACGAGUGUUUUAAUGAUGCAUCUAUCAUACAACGGCCGAAGAUGUAAUAUACGUUUCCCAAAACACUCCGCAGAUGCGUCGUUGAGGCAUGUCGAUACUGAUAGGAUCAAAAGAAAGGCAACGCUGCUCUCGGAUCAGCUUUCUCCAUUCAAAUCUUACCUUAACAUUAUAAUUAUUCCACAAUACUGACGAUGGAUCAGCUCCUAGAACGAUAUUAUCACCUAUGGCUGCAAAUAUUGAUGCGGCUUAUUAUAAUACUUAUCCUAUAAAUCAAGAUUUGGCACAUCAUUGCGCACGUUAGGCUACACAUUAUGAAAUAUAUUGAGACAAAUUACAGACAGUAGCAUACAAGUACAAAAUAUAAUUCAAUUGAUUGAACAUUAAUUGUAUUUCAAUAUGACUGAAAUAGGCCUAUAGCCUACUGUAGGCUAUUUCUAUUUGAAUGCAGUCAUCUGUUUUAAUUUGAAGCAUCUUUUUUAUACGUCCCUUGUUUGUAUCAAUUGCAAAGACAUUGGCAACUUUGUAUUUGUAGUUUCUAAUCUACUUUGUUCUGAAGUUAUCAGCGGUCACAGAGAGGCGUGUAUAAAGCAUGUGAUUCUAUAUUUAGAGGAGACCUUCUGUGUAUAAAGUGACGCAGGAGGGCAAAAAAGCAUCUAAUGAUACACUUAGCUGUUCUAGUCUGAGGCAGGUGUUAGAUUACGAGCGCUUUCAAGUGCAACGUUAAUAACGAUGGUUUUGGGAAACAGCUCUGAGAUUUAACGAUGCUCCUACGAGGGUUCUAACGAUGAACUUAGCCUUAAGAUGCUUUUGGGAAACCGGGCCCUUAGCUAAUUAAACCACCAAUCCUCAAAUAAAAAGAUACAAUUAUGAUUAAAAGCAUUUCUUGUAAUGAUGCCGGAGUCUGACAGAACUUGCUUAGGCAGGGAAGGGGAAGAAUUUGCACACUUCAGCAAAUUAAAAAUGAUCAGGAAUUUAGAAGAAUCACCAGCAGAGUCAGAGAUUAACAAGUAGUUGGAUUUAGCUUUCUUAAUCAAGAUAGUACAACUGUUUCUGAGUUGUCUGAAAGAUUGCCAAUCAGAGACAGUCAGUUUUCCUAGCUUUGGCCGAGGCUUGGUUCCUCUUGUGAAUACGCUCUGAAAGAUCAGAUUAAUACCAAGGGUUUGAUUUGUUCUUAACUCUAUAUUGUUUAGAAGGUGCAUGAUUAUCUGCUAGGGGAAUAAAAAUAGAGGAGAAAUGUUCAAUGGCUGGGUCAGGAAUACAGGAGACUCUGGAUAACUCGCAUUGGGAUAAUUCAUGUAAAACAAUAAUAGCCAAUGAAGUAUGUUUAUUAUCCGAAGAAGUUCGGCCACUGUUGCGACUCGAUAGGUUCGGGAGAUCCCUCGAUGACCAACGGGAAGUGGGGCAUGGUGGACCCGAGCCAGCAGAAGAAUCCCCUGGGGCUGGGGGAUUGUAGUCCUCCCCAAGUAAACAGUUGUUGCAUUGGAAAUUGGCCGGUCCACAUCGUCCCGGAACAGAGCAAAAUAGAUGCAACUCCUACAACGUAGGAGACGCUCGCCCCUUCCUCUGAUAGGGAAAGCCGCCAUGAAAAGAGACAGAGUAAUCUGUGUUGUAGAGUCAGUAAUCCCAAACCUCUGUGAUCUGGGAGGCAAGUAGUCCAGUGACCGAUUGAAUAAAAGUCAUUCAAGUACAAAACUUGGUUAAAGGCAAACCACUAAGUAAAAUUUUACAAAAAUGGAUUUAAACAGUGUAAAAAAGUCUGCAUUUGACAUUGCUAGACUUUGCAAAAAUAUAUUCAUAUACAUUUACAUUGGAGAUUUUUUUUUCAUAUACUCCCCGAUAACAAACUAUACAAAAGCUAAAAACUUUUGAAUGCUUUAGUUGUGCUUGAUAGAGCUUGCAUGGUGCAAUGGAACUAAUGGAAUAGUCCCUAAAGUGCAAACCCUGCCCAUCUGUCACUCUAAGCAGGCUCAAGCAAACGUUUCCAUUUAGUCCAUUUCAAUUCCAAUUUUCCUCAAUGCUUCUCCAUAAGAAAAACGUUGUAAUUUCAGUUUACUACCUGAAUUGACAUGGAAUUGACCCCCACCCUGGUAUGCAUGUGUGUCCAAUCGGUUUACAUUUAGGUGGGUAUCGAGAGCUGCUGGGCAGGCUCCCUGAACUGCCCCCAGGUGGAGUUCUCCUCCAUGAUCCUAGAGGCCAUCUCCACAGAGAGCUCCCUGUUCAUCCGCCAGAACCAGCUGCUGCACCGCUUCGUGGGCAACUUCUCCCUGCUGCCUCUAAGAGCCCCGCCCUCAGGUAAAACUGCACCGUUAGACACCACUGGCUCCCAUUCACCCUGCUUACACACUGGAACAUGAAAUCUGGAAUCUCUGUCCCCUGUGUCCACGGAAUAAAUUGCACAGUUGAUUCUCAAACUGAGACUACGGCACCUAGAGACGCAUGAACACAGAUGAAAUCACUUAUUAAUUCAUUACAUUUUACAUUUUAGUAAUUUAGCAGACGCUCUUAUCCAGAGCGACUUACAGUUAGUGAGUGCAUAAUAUUGUUUCUGUCCAUCAAGUUAAACUCAAUUCAACUAUUUAUGGAUAAGCUGCAUACGUAAAAAGACAAACAAUUAGUGCUCUGUUGUCCAUCAUCUGUCAACGGAUGACUCCCAUUGAAAAAGACAGUGGCAAAAUCUCGGUCACAAAGUCUCUUUGUGGCUGUAGCAAUUAGAUCCACAAACAAAACCAUACAUACAGUGCUGCUUGAAGGUAUGUGAACACUACAGGGAUGGUCAUUAUUUUGCUAUAGAAUAUUAAAAUAAACAUAAAAUCCUUAUCUAAACCCCAAUUCGUAAUAAAGACAGUCCAAGUAAAUGACAGAAACAAAAAAAUAUGAUACAUUUUCAUUGUUCAUUUAACAAAAGUGGUUUAUUUAACAGAAACUCAGAUUUGAUGUGUGCAUAAAUAUGUGAACCCCUUCAGUCAAUAGCUUGUGGCACCUCCAUUAGCAGCGAUAACUUGGACUAAACGUCUCCUAUAGCCAGUAAUCAGUCUCUGACAUCUGUUUUGAGGGAUUUUUGCCCACUCCUCCUUACAGAACUCAGCCAAUUGAGUGAGGUUUGAGGGGUGUCUGGCAUGAACUGCACAGCAUCUCGAUUGGAUUUAGGUCAGGACUUUGACUUGGCCAAUCCAAACACAAACCUUCUUUCUCCUGAGACAUUCUUUGGUAGAUUUGCUUGAAUGCUUUGGGUCGUUGUCUUGUUAAGACCCAUUUUCAGCCCAGCUUUAGCUCAUUAACUGAUGGCCUGAUGUUCUGUUCAAGAAUCUCCUGGUAUACCUCAGAAUUCAUGGUUCCCUUAAUGAUGUGGAGUCGUCCAGGUCCAGAGGAGGAAAAGCAGCCCCAGAUCUUGACAUUCCCACCACCAUGCUUGACUGUUGGGAUAAGGUUAUUUUGGUGGUACGCAGUGUUGGGUUUUCGCCAAACAUUGCGGUGUUGAUUGUGACCAAAAAGGUCAAUUUUGGACUCAUCGGUCCAGAGAAUGGACUUCCAGAAACCUUCAGGUUUGUCCAGGUGGUCUCUGGCAACGUUAAGACGGGCAGUUUGGUUCUUUUUUGACAGCAGAGGCUACCUCCUAGCAACCCUCCCAUGAAUGGCAUUUCGAUUCAGUGUUCUUCUUAUUGUUGAAGUAUGCACAAUUACCUGAGAUGCAGCAAGGGAGCUCUGCAAAAUAUGUUAUGUUUGGGUUGGCUUUUACCUGAUUUAUUAUUGUUCUUGUGGCUCUUGGGGAUAUUUUGGAAGAGCGUCCACUUGUAGGCCGAGUUGCUGUCAUGUUAAAUGCUCUCCAUUUGUAAAUUAUUUGCCUCACAGUGGACUGAUGGAGCUCAAAUCUUUUUGAGAUGAUUUUAUAGCCUUCCCCAGACUGAUGUGCUCUCACUGCCCUCGUCCGGAUGUCCUCUGAGAUCUCCUUUCCUCUCGGCAUGGUGUGCUUUGCAUUCACCUGGAUGGGUAACACCAAACUGACCAGGUUUCUUAUCUCUAUUUAUCAGAGUCCCGCCCAAACUCUUUCCUAACAAUCUCUCCUUUGAUUGGUUCAUUUGGUAGCUAAUUAUUUACCCACCUGAUUCUACUUACCUACUUGAUUUAACCAAUGCAACUUGGGGUUCACUUAUUUUUGCACCUGCUCUAAUUCCUUUUUUAUUUUGUUUUUCUACUACACGCAUGAUUUCCUCUACACCAACAUAUGGUAUUGGUAAAUAUAAACCUGUUAUGUCAGAUCAAAAAGACUGGUUCUGAUUAAAUGAAGAUUUCAGGAUAAAACUGAAAAUAUCUGUAAUUACACAAGGGGUUCACAUAUUUUCAAGCAGCACUGUAGCUCCAUUAAAACUCUCCGUAUCCCCCUCUCUCUACACUGUGUCAGAGGCAUGGCAACAGGUGCUGCGCACGGUGUGCGUGUCCCGCAUGGUGCCUGUGUUCAUCUCGUACCACGACACCGAGUACUUCUACAUCCUGGGAGGAGGCUGGCAGAAGGGUACCCUCUACAGGGCCCAGGUCUACGGUCAGUCAGUCAGUCAGUCAGUCAGUCAGUCAGUCAGUCAGUCAGUCAGUCAGUCAGUCAGUCAGUCAGUCAGUCAGUCAGUCAGUCAGUCAGUCAGUCAGUCAGUCAGUCAGUCAGUCAGUCAGUCAGUCAGUCAGUCAGUCAAGCAGACAGGCCGCCAGUCAAUUGUGAGCUCCUGAGUGGCGCAGUGGUCUAAGGCACUGCAUCGCAGUGCUAACUGUGCCACUAGAGAUCCUGGUUCGAAUCCAGGCUCUGUCGCAGCCGGCCGCGACCGGGAGACUCAUGGGCGGCGCACAAUUGGCCCAGCGUUGUCUAGGGUAGGGGAGGGAAUGGCCGGCAGGGAUGUAGCUCAGUUGAUAGAGCAUGGCGUUUGCAACGCCAGGGUUGUGGGUUCGAUUCCCACGGGGGGCCAGUAUAAAAAAAAUAUCUAAUCACUAACUGUAAGUUGCUCUGGAUAAGAGCGUCUGCUAAAUGACUAAAAUGUAAAUGUAAUCAGUCAGCCAGCCAGUCAGUCCCAAACCUCUGUCUUUCGUCUGCUGUCAGAUAUGAUUAUUCUUUUUUUACUCAGGCUGUGUGCUUAGCUCUCUUAGUUGGGUGUUCCUUCUCUGUUUUUUUCUUAUCACACAAUUCUCUUAGUCUUUACUUCUCUUAUUCUUUUCCACGGUUCAAUUUCCCCAACAGACGGUGACGUGACGUUUACUCAGUUGCUAGACUCCAAGGGCAGCACUGCUUGCGAGUUUAUGAACAGUGAGUUCACCAGCCACCAUAUUUUCCAUGAAUUACCGUUAACCUUUUUUAUAACGUUUUUUUUGUAGUACUAUACACAACUGUCUAAUGUAGGCUAACAGGUGGUUGUGUUAUGAUAUAUUCUGUUUCACUGUCUGCAGACCUGGGUAAAUCUUUUUAUUUUAAAUCAUUUCAAAUACUUUAUCUGUGCUUGAUUGAACUUGCCUGGUUUAAUUAACCAAUAGAAUAGUUACAAAAGUGCAAACCCUGCCCAUUUGGCGCUCAAGCAAACACUCAAAGUAUUUGAAUGAUUUCAAGUAGUAUUUGAACCCAGGUCUGAGCUGUUUAGAUUCACCCCUCAUGUGUAUAUGAUCCUCAGGUAAAGCCUGCCAGGUCAAAUGGGCAGCCCAGGAUUCUUCCCACAACCACCUGAUUGACUUGGUUCUCCUCGAACUGCUACCGGACAAUAAACAGGCCCACUCCUACCACCUCCUCAUAUUAGGUUCAGUAGUAACAUGUUAUUUCAGAUGAUUUACAGAAACUUUAAAGCCCGAAAGUCUGCGUUCAAAAUGUCACCCUAUUCCCUAAUAUGGUACUCUACUUUUGACCAUAGGCCCAUAGUGCACAAUGUAGGGAAUAAGGUGCCAUGUUGGAUGUACACUAUAAUUUCAAUGUAACAAAGUAGCCCCGUGUAGCUCAGUUGGUAGAGCAUGGCGCUUGCAACGCCAGGGUUGUGGGUUCGUUUCCCACGGGGGGCCAGUAUGAAAAUGUAUGCACUCACUAACUGUAAGUCGCUCUGGAUAAGAGCGUCUGCUAAAUGACUAAAAUGUAAAUGUAAGUAGGAUAUGUAAUAAUAAGGCUGUUUCUGGUCUUUGCAGACAAUAAUUUCCACCUCGGCGACACCUUCCCCAAGUAUAUCCCAAAAGGUAUUUUCUGCCCCUGUUGCAUGUGUUUUGCAUUUUGUAACCGAGUUGAGUUGGUUUAAACUCACUCCUCAGGUUGAAAUACCCCCACCCGCUAGCUUUUCGGUGGUGCAGCUGGCUAAGGUGUUUCAAGAGGACGGUCACGUGUGUUUGCAAGACAGAGGAUGCCAGAUUGAGUACCAGUGUGAACUCUUGAGCGAGGAAGCUAAACUAUUGAGCGACAGCGUGACCCCAUUAACACAUGGAUAUUAUGUAUUAUAUUAUGUGAAAUAUUACCUUAUUUUGCAUUAGGGUUAGUAACUGUGUGUGUUUGUGCAGGCAGUGGAGACUCAUUCACGGUGGUGACCAAGACUCAGGAAAAUGGCACAGUGACUCUGCACUUGAGGGGCAUGGUGUUCAACCCCAUCAGUGCCAUCCUCUACAUCUGGGGAAACGCUCUGCUCUGCUCGUGGGUAUUCAGCUGUGUGUGUGUGUGUGUUUGUGAGAGAGAGAGGCUAGCCUACAUUUAGGGUUCAUAUGGCUAUAGAUUUGAUCGACAGCACUUUUUUACUGUGAGCACACACAACUGAAACAGCCUCUGAAAUACAGGCUAGGAAGUAGCAUAAGUGUGUGCAUGCGUUCGUGUAAGGGUUUCCAUUAGGAAAAUGUGGCGCCAGACAUUUGACUGGCAGCAUUUAAAUUUACCGGACAUUUGAGAAAUAAACCGGACCCAUAUGCAUUGGGUGCGUAACCUGAUUAGGGCGUCCACCCACGGUUCUCAGAAUGACAGAAAUCACCUCUCCAUCACGGUUGACAACUCCACAGUGUCGCCCUCUCAGAGUGCAUAGAACCUUGGCGUGACCCUGGAAAACACCCUGUCGUUCUCUGCAAACAUCAAAGCAGUAACUCAGUCCUGCAGGUUCAUGCUCUACAACAUCCGUAGAGUACGACCGUACCUCACACAGGAAGCGGCGAAAGUCCUAAUCCAGGCACUUGUCUUCUCCCGUCUAGACUACUGUAACCUCCCGCUCAGCUCAGUCCAAUCUCUUCUCUGUCUUGGUACCCCAAUGGUAGAACCAGCUUCCCCCUGAAGCCAGGACAGCAGAGUCCCUGCCCAUCUUCUGAAAACACCUGAAACCCUACCUCUUCAAACAGUAUCUUAAAAAUCCUCCUCCUCACCUCGACCCCCCCACCCCCCUUUCUAGCUCUGACUCUACUGAUAGCUACUUUAUUGAGGAAGAAUUUACUUUCUAUGCCUGUGAUAUGUGUUUGUCCCACCUAGCUGUCUUAAGAUGAAUGCACUAACUGGAUAAGAGCGUCUGCUCGAUGAUGCAACGGCGUGCGUACUUACCAAUUCCGAUGUUAGAAUAACUACACAUUUACUUUUCCUCAGCCAAAAUGACGAGUAGGCCUAAUGAACAGCUAAAUCACUAGUCUAUAUCAGUCUAUUAUCCCCCAUAGUAGAAAUGUUGACCUAUUCUAUUAGUCAGCUUGUCGUUCUGUACAAGAAAGAAAUAGCCUAUUCCAAACAAACUCUGGGACGAUAGAUCCCAAAUUCAUACAACCAGUAGGCCUAGGCAAAAAAACGUUUAAGCGAAAAACGUUUCGCUUAAAAUGUUGAUAAACUAUUAUUUCUAUUAAGCGCAGCAAAGCGUACAAGGCAGCAGGCUACACGCGAAUGUUCAUUCCAUAAUGAAAUUAGCAGGAAAACACUUAUCAAAAGCGCACCGCACAUGCAAGCGGUUUCAUGAGACCGAGAUGAAAAUAUCAGUUAGAAAUUCAGAAAGAGGGGAGAUCAAAUAUGCAACAACUAGCAUGGGUUGCUAAUAUAACUAGGAUUGUGCCUUUGGCUACUGGACAAUGAAAGAAAGUUGAUUUGAAAAAUCCAAUAGAACAUGAGAGAAAUAGGCUACUGGUUUCAAUGGCAUAUGGAAGUCUUUAUAAAAUAAUUACCUCCAUGUUUGGUUGUGUUUUGGCUAGGCUACAUUGAUUCAAGGUGAACAUGCCUCAUAAUAUGUAGUAAAACUUUCAGGUUUCAAACAAUUAAGUGUAUGUUUUCAAAAUUCAUACUGCCUCCAGCUCAUUGCAAAGUGGUGUGUGAUGCGUUGAAGCCUGCCUACCUUUAAAUACACUUGAAUGGCAAAUGGGAAGUAUGUUUCAAUUACAGUUGAGAAAUAAAAAUAGUAGCUAUUUUUAAGCGUGGCUAUCAAAACUGUUUUUAACAUGCAAUUUAAUUUAGAAUUGUUGCGCAAUGAUUGGGUUUAAAAAUCAAGUUUCACUCCAGCUGCAACAGGAGCUGUAACAGAUGUUCCGCUUAAAAUAGGCUCUGUUAUCUGUAUGCUGUGCCCGUGUGAUAAAUAAGAAUCAUAACGACUAAUGAAAAUACACACGAGAAUUUAAUUCCACUAAAUAUUGCAAACUAACCCAUAGACCGAUAAGUAUGACCGGUCAAAUGUAUUUACAUCGACUGGUAUUUUAAUAAAUGAAUAGGCUAAAAGCAUUAUUUUGCAAUGGGAUUAUUUAUUCUUCUCCCGGACAAUUAGCCGACGGCAAUAUUAUUUAUCGGCUUUUCAUUUUUUUUGUAUCUGCCAAAAGCCAGCUACUACCGGCUAACGGAAACCCUGGUGCAUGUGUGUGUAAACGCAGGGACAUGCAUGAUGCUUGCAUGAAGGUAGGUCAUAUUUGCACAAAGAUGUUGUCUAUCUGUUGUCUGUGGUUCCCAACAGUCAAGACCAGGGGAUGAGCUACCUGUUCUUUAAUGGCUUCCCUCUGGAUCAGAUGAUCAAGUACUUCACUCUGUCCUACCACGGAGAGUUUGCCUUCGUCACAGAGACCGAAGAGGUAUACCUGUGUGAGAGGAAGAAAGACUGUUUUAUUUUUUGCUCACUCAUUGUGAAAUGACGUGCAUUUGUGUUUCAAACGUGUGUGUGUGUGUGUGUGAUAUGAAACACUCAUUCGUGACAAUAUAAAAUGAGUGUGUGAGCAUGUUUGUGUGUGUGUGUGUGUGUGUUUCAGCUGUGGUGGGGGCAGGAGGGCGUGGACCAGGUGAUGCGAGUGCGCCCCUCCCUGGGCUGGCAGGCCUUCUCUAGCCUGCAGGCUCUGAAGGGCGACAGCUCCUACUCCAUGACCCACAGCCUGCUCACUGUCUUCUACGACUGGGACAAACAGCUGCAGGAGGUAACCCUAUGCAACUAUUAUCAAUUUAUAUACAUGGAUUGUGUAUCAGUCACAUAGGGAUGUAUACGAUAAACCAGAUUGACAAGUUUAUUGUGGCAGAAUCAGAAAGACGGUUGAGGCAGUCACAGUUGUUAUAUAAAAUGGGUUGUACAUCACUUGUACAACCUGAGUGUGUACUAGGCCUAUUUGUUUUCAUGAGAAUAUACACUGAGUGUACAAAACAUUAGGAACACCUUCCUAAUAUUGAGUUGCAUCCCCUUUUGCCCUCAGAACAGCCUCAAUUCGUCGGGGCAUGCACUCUACAAGGUGUCGAAAGCGUUCCACAGGGAUGCUGGCCCAUAUUGAAUCCAAUGCUUCCCACAGUUGUGUCAAGUUGGCUGGAUGUCUUUCGGGUAGUGGACCAUUCUUGAAACACAUGGGAAACUGCUGAGCGUGAAAAACCCAACAGUGUUGCAGUUCUUGACACUCAAACCGGUUCGCCUGGCACCUACUACCCUAUUCAAAGGCACUUAAAUCUUUUGUCUUGCCCAUUCACCCUCUGAAUGGCACACAUACACAAUCCAUGUCUCAAUUGUCUGGAGGCUUGAAAAUCCUUCUUUAACCUGUCUUCUCCCCUUCAUCCACACUGAUUAAAGUGGAUUUAACAAGUGACAUCAAUAAGGGAUCAUAGCUUUCACCUGGUCAGUCUUUGCCAUGGAAAGAGCAGGUGUUCCUAAUGUUUUGUACUCUGUGUAGAUGUAUUAUUUUAUUUAUUUCCACCUCUGUGAUGUUCCUGUGGGAGGUUGAAGGUAAACCCUCUCUCUCUCUCCUCCUCUCUCUCUCUCGUUAGGUGGUGUACACAGUGGACUCUAAGGGAAAGGGUUCUGUGGUGAAGAGGGAGCUGCCUGUGCCCGAGAUCCUUUCCUAUAGCCACUUCUCGACCACCCCCCGCAAAGUCCACCACUUGGAGUACUGUACCUUUUCCUCUGUGUUCUCUACUGACUAUUUAUCACCCUGACUAUUCUUCAAUGUACAUUUUUCGCCCAAUACAUAUUUGCGUUUUCCUUUCUCCUGCCCUUUCCCCCUCUCCCCCCAGGUCGUUCAGUGCCUUCUCUUUCCCCCUCUCCCCCCAGGUCGUUCAGUGCCUUCUCUUUCCCCCUCUCCCCCCAGGUCGUUCAGUGCCUUCUCUUUCCACCUCUCCCCCCAGGUCGUUCAGUGCCUUCUCUUUCCCCCUCUCCCCCCAGGUCGUUCAGUGCCUUCUCUUUCCCCCUCUCCCCCCAGGUCGUUCAGUGCCUUCUCUUUCCCCCUCACCUGCCCCUUCUUCUGGGAGCACAUGGCGGACCUGCCCCACCCAGAGCCCUACAACCGCAUCCAGCAAUACCUGACCCGGCCCCCCCUGGUGCCCACCUCCUUGGGCCUCCAGACCACUGCCUCCCUGGCCACCUACCAGGGUCUGCUGCACCACCUGCUCCACCUGCACUCGGACUACAUCAUGGUAGGCCUACAUCAGCCGUCUGUCUGCUCAUACCACGCCCAAUCCCAAGUCAACCCCUAUGCACUUGUUGAGAUCUGAGAGAAAUACCCCAGGUCCUACAAAUGAGAAUGUCAUCUCGGUCAACCAUUUGAGCAUAUCGUUCAUCAUUAUCUUCUCAGAUCUCCACAAGUGCAUAGAGCGUAGGAUCGAGGGGCCGAUUUGGGAUUGUUCCCUACUCCUUCAAACUCCUUCCUCUAGCUCUUGUGUAAUGUUAGCGCCUCCCGUUAGGCUGGGGAAAUCACUCACCUCAGUGCUGUUGGGAUUGCAAGAGGAGGCAUUGCUUUUGUGAAGGAUUUAACGAUACUGACUUUACUUAUUUCCAGGACAUUGGCAACCCCGUCCACAACCCAACCUGGCGCUGGUGGAAGGACAAAGUUAUAUAUGCGGUCAGCUUCUUCUUCUAAGAGUUUUUAUGCAUGUGAAUGACCCUGCACAUGAUACACUCAUACACAGAUGAACAUACACACAUAUGGAUACACAUACAAAGAUAUACACCGUAUGUCACUCCACAUAAAAGUUUCCUUUUACCUUUUGUCUCUGAUCUUAAUAACAAUCUAAGUCCUAUCGCGUCCUCUUGGCUCCCCAGGACUACUACUUCUACAUGGCUAGCAACGGCGUGUCGUCCACAGGCUUCAACGUGGAGAUGGGGGGCUACUCCCGGGCCUACAUGAGUUCAGAGAUCACCUUCCCAGACAUGGUGUACCUGGACCGGGUCUCCUCCUUCUCCUUCUCCAUCUACAUCGCCUGCGGCUCCGCCAAACACCUCUCCGUGGAGGAGAAACCCAGAGGUGGGAGCAGAGAAUGGGCUCAUGUUCAUUAGGCACCAUAUGGAAGAAAACGGACUGAAACAGGCUUUUGUGGCACUGUGCCCUAAUGAGCACGACCCUUGGUUGAAAUAGUAUUGGUUUUCUUUAAAAUUCUUCCAUCUGUGAGUGUUUGAGCUUGCCUAGAACCAUCCACCCAUCUGGCACUCCAGGCAGGCUCAAUGAAACACUCAAAGUAUUUAAAAGAAAGCAAAUGCUGUUUGAACCCAGGUCAUACACCAGUGAAAAUCAUUUCAACAUACUAAUGAACUGCAUUCUGUUGGCGUUUCUGUGAUGUUGUUUUAUGUUAUGUUGUGUGUCUCUAAUGAUUGUCGUACCUUAAAGAGCUCAGUGACAUCAACUACAUCUGGCUCUCAGCUGAGGUGUCCAACAACCACUACAUCCAUGUGUCUGUGACCAGGAACGAGCUCUUAAACAGAGGGGCCGUGUUAUAUAAGGUAACGCAUACAUAAACCAAGCCUUAGAUACCUCAGUAUGUCCUUCACUGUAUCACCACCACUUGACUUUUACAACCUACUUCUCAGACUCAAUUUUCCUGUAGGAACAUCAUUUCACACACAGCUUCAUUUUUACAUAUUUUCAGUUGAUCACAGUGGCAGUGUGCUCACAGCUCAGUGUAAUAUAAUAUUUGCCAUUUAGCAGACACUUUUAUCCAGAGCAUGCAUACAUUUUCAUAUCGGUGGCCCCAGCGGCAAUCAAACCCAUGGGCCACGACCCUAGCGUUGCAAGCGCCAUGCUCAACCAAUUGAGCCACACAGGACAAACCGUGUAUACUGUUACCAUUACCAAACAAAAUGACGUUCUUCCGUGUUCCAAGGUGACUGUGAAAGACAGGGGGCUGUUUCCCGGUCAAGUGCUGGCGGGUGAGGGGCUCCUGGCUUUCAACCUCCUGCUACGGGUGAGACGUGAACAACGAGGGCCUGGAACAAAAUGGCUCAUAUAUCUGACAUGUAUUUGACAGGGAAUAUGCUGCUACUAUAAAUGUUUGGAGAUGUUUUGUGAGUAGUGUUGUUGAGUCUUCUAUCCACCAGGUGUCUCUCUCUCAAACUGUGUGAAUGCAGGUGAGCAGCUCGGAGAUGAAGUGCUACCAGCAGAAAGACCAGGGGAUAGGCCUUAGAGUCAGUAUCAUGUUGUCUGUACUUCAUCUAUGCUGUCCUAUUGUGUUAGACUCAUCAUAUAGGCCAUUCAAUGCCAUCUAAUGCCUAAUUCACAUUAUUGGGCCGACCUGAACCGUACUCUGCUGGCUCUGAUAUUUUCCUUUCAUGUCCUUUCCAUCACCGUUCCAGCAACUAUGGUUGUGUUACCAGGCUAGCCCAAUACAGCUCGGCUUGGCCCUAUAGUGUGAACCAGGCAUACAUGUCUCUGCCACCUAUAACUGAUAUUCUGUUUGCUUUGCACCACCACUUAGGGGCUGCACAGGGUGCCCAUCUACAUUGGCUGCCCUCCCGGGAACCGCCUGGCGUUUGACAUCACAACUACCCUGGAGAAGUGUGCCUACAACAACAAGCGCUACUUCAACUGCCCCAAACCCGACCCCAUCAUGCCUUGCUUUUACUAUGAAGACCGUGAGACUAUGACCCUGAACUAAACCCGUUUUGAAAUGGUCAACUUUUGCGAAGACAUACGUUUUGACCCUCAACCUAAAUCUAAACUGCACACAUACAUCUUGUACAUUAGGGAGGCGGGGAGGUCGACAGAAAAUGUAUAAUGUAAUCUAACUACCUACCACUGUUACAUGUCCUCCAUUGUGUCUCUGUCUGCAGUGUUCUAUCCCUUCUUCUUGAUCCAGGACAUGGUCUCUGGAGAGUCUGAGCGAUUCCUCGGGAGGUAACCCCCCCCAUCAAUCUCAUCCCCUCUUGUGCCGCUUUUUUGUACUCAGACAAAAAACGAAACAUCUUUGUGGUUUCUAUACAUGAAUUGCUGUUGUUGAAGCCCAUGGCUUGAUAUCAUACUGUCUCUAUUUGUUACACUAUAGCUAUACCUUUAAGGUGGUUGGCGGAGGAGCUUACUCAAAAGAUCACAUCCGCCUCUACACUCCAGAGGAGGUGCUUAUGUAUAACAGCCUCAACUACAGGUAAUGGAGUUGUACUAGAGCUACACAGGAAAACACACAGGACCCAAAUGUAUCGUUUUAAUAUAUUAGAGCAAGGUUGGUUUGAUAUACGGUACCAAUAGAGAUGCAUAUUUGUGUGACUCCCCCUGGAAGUUCACCCUGGUUUCUCUGUCUGUCCCACAGCUCCCAGAGGACACUGGUAUGGAUGUUUGAAGACAUGGACAGCAGUGUCAACAUCACUAAGGAAGGAUUUGUGGUCAUGCAUGGCAAUACAAACAAUAUUCGGUAACACUCAUACAUACACACACAGUGCAUUCGGAAAGUAUUCAGACCCCUUGACUUUUUCCACGUUAUGUUACAGCCCUAUUCUAAAAUGGAUAAAAUUGUUAUUUUUCCUCAAUCAACACACAAUACCCUAUAAUGACAAAGAAAAAACAGGUUUUUAGAAAAGUUGGCACAUUUAAAAAAAACUUAAAUAAUACAUUUACAUACACUACCAGUCAAAAGUUUGGACACCUACUCAUUCAAGGGUUUUUCUUUAUUUUUACUAUUUUCUACAUUCAAGGGUUUUUCUUAAUUUUUACUAUCUUCUACAUUGAAGAAUAAUAGUGAAGACAUCAAAGUUCUGGAAAUGUUCUGGAUUGGCUGACCGUCAUGUCUUAAAGUAAUGAUUGACUGUCGUUUCGCUUUGCAUAGUUGAACUGUUCUUGCCAUAAUAUGGACUUGGUCUUUUACCAAAUAGGGCUAUCUUCUGUAUACCACCCCUACCUUGUCACAACACAACUGAUUGGCUCAAACGCAUUAAGAAGGAAAGAAAUUCCACAAAUUAACUUUUGACAAGGCACACCUGUUAAUUGAAAUGCAUUCCAGGUGACAACCUCAUGAAGUUGGUUGAGAGAAUGCCAAGAGUGUGCAAAGGUGUCAUCAAGGCAAAGGGUGGCUACUUUGAAGAAUCUAAAAUAUUCUACAAUGUAGAAAAUAGUAAAAAAUAAAGAAAAACCCUUGAAUGGGUAGGUGUGUCCAAACUUUUGACUGGUACUGUAAGUAUUCAGACCCUUUGCUCAGUACUUUGUUGAAGCACCUUUGGCAGGAUUAUAGCCUCAAAUCUUCUUGGGUAUGACGCUACAAGCUUGGCAGACCUGUAUUUGGGGAGUUUCUCCAAUUCUUCUUUGCAGAUCCUCUCAAGCUCUGUCGGGUUGGAUGCAGAGCGUCGCUGCACAGUUAUUUUCAGGUGUCUCCAGAGAUGUUCGAUCGGGUUCAAGUCCGGGCUCUGGCUGGGCCACUCAAGGACAUUCAGAGACUUGUCCCGAAGCCACUCCUGCGUUGUCUUGGCUGUGUGCUUAGGGUCGUUGUCCUGUUGGAAGUGAACCCUCGCCCCAGUCUGAGGUCCUGAGCGCCCUGGAGCAGGUUUUCAUCAAAGAUCUCUCUGUACUUUGCUCCUUUCAUCUUUCCCUCGAUCCUGACUAGGAUCCCCACAGCAUGAUGCUGCCACCACCAUUCUUCACUGUACAUUUACAUUUACAUUUUAGUCAUUUAGCAGACGCUCUUAUCCAGAGCGACUUACAGGAGCAAGGGAUGGUAGUGUGUAGAUUGAGGGACAUUUUUUAUUUAAUCAAUUUUAGAAUAAGGCUGUAACGUAACAAAAUGUGGAAAAAGUCAAGGGGUCUGAAUACUUUCCGAAUGCACUGUAUAUAGUCACAUACUCUGGAUAGGUGCAGUGAAAUGUGAGUUGGCUAUACAGCACAAUCAGAUAUGGGACCAGGCUACAUACUGAUCACUGACAGGUCUACUUGUUGAUGUGCGUUGCGGUGCAGGUGGAUGUGUCAGGGGAACUCUCCCUGUGGCAACAUGGCCGCUCAGAGCCUGGAAGCACCAGACUAUUACUUUGUCGUCGAAGUCUCAAACAAGUACGGCUCAAAAGUUCAGCAUUACAUCUGCGUAUAGGGUCUGUGUCAAUGUGUGCGCACAAAAAAGGUCUGAUUGCAUGUUAACUGGACAGUGCCUUGUGUUCCUCUUUAGGGGUAUUGAUUUGAGUACGUACUGUGACUAUGCGUUGCGGUUUAUACUCCACGUGCAUGGAUUCCCAUUGGACCCCAGCAGAGGCCUUUUCUACAUGCUGGUGUGUUCCCUGGAUGCGUCCCAUAUGGUACCCUAUUCCCUAUAUUGGAAACGGCUUGCUCUGGUCAGAAGUAGUGCACUAAAUAGGGAAUAGGGUGCAAUUUGGGAUGCUACCCUGGACUCAAAUAGAAUCACAAAACCUGACUCUACACUGUUGUCAAAUAUUACAUUUGGUUGACAUGUCUUUCUUCCUCCAGAUGACCCUGGCCACCAUCGUAGGAAUCCUUGUCUGCUUCAUUGUUUAUAACUGCUGUGGUCCAGGCUUGAAGAACCUGUUAAAGGCAGCCUACCAGGCCACCAAGCACAAGAGCCAUGCAGAGCACGGUAAACCACCCCAAAACAUUAUCUUUGAGAAUGACCUGUAUAUUCAGUGAUUAGUGGAUGACUGCAAUCAGUCGAUACAGUGCAUGCUCCUUGUGAAUGGGAUUACGAAUCAACCGCUUACGUUCUGUUCGGAUGUGACUUUAAGAGUGUACUGUAUGUAUUCUGACAUUGUUCAUGGUUUUAGAUCUGAUGCUAUGUACUGAAGAGGGUGGCAUCUGUGUUUCAGAAUCCAACGUCUCCCUGGCACCUAGUAUAGGGGAUGGAGUUCACAGAUCCAGGGAUUCCAGGCAGGGCUUAAGCCUAACCUCUACUAAUUGA